UAUUUAAUAAUUUUACAACUUUCACCUUUUUUCUUUACCUUUAGUACAAAAUUACCAACGUAUAAUCGCAUUUCUUUUCGGAUUAUCUCGAGUUGAGAAAAAAUGGCGUAAGUAGUAAUAUAUUUGAGUUUUCUUAUUCGAUUGCAAAUUAGUGGGUAAAUACAGUGAUUGGAAGGAGGAGAGAGCAAUAUGGUGGUAGAGGAAUGUUUGGGGGAAGGUAACAAGAGAAGUGAGAAAAUUUGCGUGAUGACGGCAACGUCGCCUACAGUCAAGAUGGCUGCAUGUCUCCCGCAAGACGGAGACUCAAGUAAUCCGGACAAGCCUGGCUCUUCUUCCUCCUCACAAUUCUUGAAACAACAAGCCAGUGGUCCUCAAGGGGGAUCCUUAGCCUUGAGUGCCACCUCGGAGGAAAUCAAGCUGGAGGGUGACAAGGCAUAUGAUGAAGUAGCAAAUUACAACGAAGAGGACCUAAGGAGUCUCCUGGAAGAAGUCACAAAUGCUAGCAAGAGAAAAAACAAGAACACCCUCUCACCCUAUGCCUUGGCUUUAAUUCUCAAAGAACAAGAUGCUUUGAGAGAAGAGUCCAGUUCUGGAGAUGACACCAGGGAUUUAGCAUAUAGACAUCGAAGUAAAAAGUCACUCGUAGGACGUCGAGAUCAGUCCAACGGAGAUCAGUCAGCAGCUGCUCGUACAAGUACUGGUGGAUCCCUUGGCUCCUUACAUGACCUUUCAGAGACUAAACAGCCUAAAAAAGUUGCUGGGCCCAAUCAGGGUGUGGCAUCACGUUGUAGGGAGGGUGGUUCAUGUGGGAACUUGUCACGUGGUUCGUUUGAGACGGUAAAGAGAAAGGGCCGCCGUUCCAGGGACGCUGCUCGGGCAAGCACAAGUCAACGUGAGGGAGGUUCUUUACAGAAUUUAAGCAAGACUGAAGCUGCUUCAAAUGAAUCUAAGAAACUCCACAAGUCAGGUAGCCUGAGUCAAGUCUGUUCGGAGGUUGCUGGUGGUGCUCGCAGUAAGAAUCGACGACAGAAGACUGCAAGCGAGAGCUCCAGCUGUAGGUAUUCUCGUCGUUCAGAAGAUCGUGAAGCUGGUGAAGAGAGCUCUUGUGAUGAAGCCAUUGGGGAUAAUCGCUGCAGGUUAUUAGCACAAUCGCCUCACUCUGCAGAGCACACAUUUCCUCCAGAAGGUGUUGGCGGGGCUUCUGGAGGAAUUGUUCCCGAUAUUAGCAAUGAUGUAGAAGAUUCUAUGUCGACACUUCGUCUACAUGUUUUCCCCCCAACCCAACAGGAUGUGGCCUCUGCGGGAGAAACUACCGAGGAGGAGGAUGAACCUAUAGAGGAGAAUGGGAUAGAGCUACAAAAAGUUACUUGCCACAGAGCUGAUUUUGACAACACCCAUACUGAAGUAGAUAAGGCAAUCAGCUUCAGCCUCGGUCGUUCGCAGGAGGACACCAUGCUGAGCAGCUGUGGCCGCCGCGCUCUACCUCUUCAGGAUUCUCAGUGUAUUACUUCUAUCUUCAAAGAUGAAAAGUUAAUUAACAAAGGUUGUUGGUUGGUGGGUGGGUGUUAUCUGCGCAUCUGCUCCAUAACUGGAUCAGAAGAGGAGCUUUUAGGAAAACGAAAACUUCUAGCAAGUCGAAGUGACAGUGGAGGCAGUGAGAAUAAAUCUUCUUUGGAUGAAAAUGGAAAUCCUGUGAUGUCUACAUCAAGCAAUUCUGUUCUAGCUUCAUUGUCGGCUAGCGAGCGGUCUAAUGCUUUGGUAAUGCCGACUCACCAUACUGCACGCAAAAACGUGAUGAACAAUUCCCAUAAGGAUGCUAGCAGGUUUGACCGUGUCAAAGCUAGAAAUGAUAAGAAAAAGGCAAACAAAGAAAAGGACAUUGUGAAUAUUAAAGAGACGCCAGGGUUUCGUGGUGACCAAGACCUCAACGAUAUUCUUAAAUUCUUGGGAGCUGAAGUGGAUUCCUCAAAUGGUAAAAGUAAAAAGAAACACAAAGGUAAAAAAGAUGACAAUCGAGAGGAAAAGGAUGGAAAAAGGAAGAAUAAGACUUCUGAAAAGACAAUAGAAGAUACGUUAGUAGAAAAGGGUAAAAGUGACGAUAUCCGGUGGAAAGUUAAUGAAGACAAUAGUACUCUUAUGAGUGAGGAUUCCCGCGAUAAUAAUAGUAGGAGAAGCAAAGAGCGAGAGGAAGAGAAAAAGGCAAAUAAUAAUAAGAAGAAUAAGAAUAAUAAUGAUGCUAAGAAAAAUAAGAAAUGUUCUGGCAAUUUACACGAAUCGAGCAGUGUCGAGGAUCUUGUAUCUAAGAGCAAACAGAGUGACAUCGUGCGGGAUAUACGUAAACAAGUGACGGUAGAUGAUGGGGAUGUGUGUCUCACUAUUUUAAAUACAUAUCACAAUAAUAAGAAAGUUGAUAAGAUGAAUAACAUCAUAAUGGAUGGACCUUAUAUAAAGGAGCCAGCAGUAGAUAUAACCAAUGACAAUGAGUUUGAUUUGCAUCAAGUGACCUCAGAUUUUGCAGCUGAUUUUUACAGUGCAGGAGACUCAUUUUUAACUGUUGAUGUGUCUCGUACCCCAUCAUCACCAUCUGGUGGUGAUUUUGAAGUUGUGAGUAAUAAGAAAAGAAGUAAACGAUAUAAGAAUGGCUCCCAAAUAUCAUCGCAAAGUUUGAAGAGUAUAGGGUCGGACAAAGUGAUUAAUAAUAACAACAUGGGGGGCAUGUAUGGUGAUGAGGGUGUGCGUUGUUCUCGAUUUGUUCAGAAUAAGGCAAAUCAGAGGUCAAGCGCAGGUUAUGAAAGACCUCAUAUUAACUUCAUGGAAGGGCCUCGCACAGCACACGAUAACAGCUUUUGGGCACAACUAGGUGUUGGUGAUAGAUAUGGGGGAGAGCGAUAUACCGGGACAACCACAAGUGCCCCGCAUAGUGAGGAUUCGGGCUCCGAUGGGGAUGACUCUGUACAUUCGAUGCCUGUUCCUUCCAUAACCCCUCGUCCUGAUGUCCGUAAACCGCCACCCUCCUCUGAUUCAACACCUCAAGCAUCAUAUGCAAAUAUUGCUAAGCUUGCUGCCUCUGCUAAUCGUGCGCAAAUGAAACGAAUGGCACCUACAGUUGGCCACCCUGGGACUGUUGUUCUGAAAGAAUUAGAAGUUGAGCCAAGUUUUAACGAAAGUGUGGAGCAAUUGGACUUAAAAUCGUUAUCGAGUGAAUCUCGUCCUACGAAUAUUCUAGAUGACAAUUUUCCGUCGUUAGCCGAAAGCUUAGGUGGUAUUGGCCCUCCUAGUUCAAUAUCCACUUCAAAAUUGGGUGAAAUAAGGACCAACCCAGCGAGUGAGAAUGUAGUAUUGCAGUCUGGAAGUGUUUGUGUAGUGCAUAACCAAGACAAUUUGAAAGAAAUGCCUAUUGUGGGUGAGACUAAUUGUGGGCAGAAAGAAAAUGCAGAGAAUGCAUUGUUAGCUUCAACAGUUACUGUUGAGGGAGUGACAAAUGAAAAGAGACCAAUGAAAAUCUCAAAUGAAUGCCCACCAAAUCCUUCAUUACAGUCUCAGCAAUGUCAGCAUCAAGACCAGUUUCAUCAGACACAUCAAAUGCAACAGUCACAUAAUCAGAUACAGCAUCACCAUCAUCAUCAGUUACAUAAUUCUCAACAUCAUCAGUUACAUAAUUCUCAGCAUCAACACACUAAACAUCAGAAUGCAAUAUAUCAACAAAAUACUCAUCAUCAGUAUCCCCCACCUCAGCAGCAGUCUGUACAGCAUAGUAAUCACCAACGACAAAAUUUCUACAUCCACUCGAGUCAGAAUCCCUCGUACCACUCUCAGCAAAACUCUCUUCACCCAAAUAAUCAGAAACAAACUCAGCAGUUGCAUCAUCAAUCUCCACCCUCUCUGCCUUUUACACAACAGAAACAGCAUCCCCAGCAACCUGUGCAACCUCAGCAUCCAAAGCAGAAUCACCCGAACCCCCAUUCCCAACCAAGUGUACAUAAACAACCAAGUAUUCAUUCCCAAUCAAGCAUGCAAUCUCAGCAGUGCCAACAUCCCCAACAAAAUCAAAAUCCUCAACAAAACCCACAUUCCCAACAAAUUAUGCCUCCCCAACAAAUCACACCCCCACAUUUAAAUAUACAGCCUCAACAGGCCAACAAUCUUACUCAAAUUGCAUCUCACCAACCUAAUCCACAUUCCCAGCUAAACUCGCUUUCUCAGCAAAGUUCACAUCCACAGUCAGCCCCCCAGACCCUACCAACCCCCCAAUCUCAACCAACCCCCCAAUCCCAACCAACCCCCCAAUCCCAACCAACCCCCCAAUCCCAACCAACCCCCCAAUCCCAACCAACCCCCCAAUCCCAACCAACCCCCCAACCCCAACCAACCCCCCAACCAACCCCCCAACUCCAACCAACCCCCCAACCAAUCCCACAGCCCCAGUUAGCCCCCCAGCUCCAGUCAGCCCCGCAACCCCAGUCGGUCCCUCAGCCGCAACCUCAGUCGGUCCCUCAGCCGCAACCUCAGUCGGUCCCUCAGCCGCAACCUCAGUCGGUCCCUCAGCCGCAACCCCAGUCGGUCCCUCAGCCGCAACCCCAGUCGGUCCCCCAGCCGCAACCCCAGUCGGUCCCCCAGCCGCAACCCCAGUCGGUCCCCCAGCCGCAACCCCAGUCGGUCCCCCAGCCGCAACCCCAGUCGGUCCCCCAGCCGCAACCCCAGUCGGUCCCCCAGCCGCAACCCCAGUCGGUCCCCCAGCCGCAACCCCAGUCAGUUCCCCAGCCGCAACCCCAGUCAGUUCCCCAGCCGCAACCCCAGUCAGUUCCCCAGCCGCAACCCCAGUCAGUUCCCCAGCCGCAACCCCAGUCAGUUCCCCAGCCGCAACCCCAGUCAGUCCCCCAGCCGCAACCCCAGUCAGUCACUCAGUCGCAACCCCAGUCAGUUCCCCAGCCGCAAUCCCAGUCAGUUCCCCAGCCGCAAUCCCAGUCAGCCUCUCAACCAGCCCCCCAGUCCCAGUCAACCCCCCAGCCCCAGUCAACCCCCCAGUCCCAGUCAACCUCCCAGCCUCGGCAAAACACACACCCUGAGCCAAGUUUACCAUCACAACAAAACUGGCAUCAAGAGCAGACCUGCAAGUCCGAACAAAACAUGCUGCCUGACCAGCCCUCAGUUCCUUUGUUUAGCAGUGUUAAUGGGCUGUUGAUAGGGGAUUCGAGUGAGGUGAAGCCAUCUCUUGGUAAUAAAAGCCAGAGUAAACAAACAAAGAAUGGGUCAGUGGCACCCUGUGUUCAGUCAAGUGAUACUAGUCGUAUAAAGAAAUUGGAGCCCGCAGUUGUGUUUACAGACAAUGCUAAGUUUAACCACAGUGUUAGUGGAAUUGAAUUUGGCUUUGGGUUCGAUGAGCCCAUUGUGACAACUAGUGAUAGUGAUGAAAGAGGAAGUGACAGUUGUACGUUAGAGAAUGAAGACAGUAAUUGUUCUACUACUAAUAAUAAUCACUUGAACAAUAUGACAGUGGCUAAAGACUUUAGCAAAUGGUUUAAGGCACCCAAAAAUGACAAGAUCAACUUCAACUACGAAGAGCUCAUUAGACAUGUUACUAAAGAAUGGGUAGUGACUUUACGGUUAAUGGAAGAGGAUCCUAAGAAUAUCCAGUACUGGAGAGCUGCUGGGAGCGCAGAAGAAGCAUAAUUCGGGUGUGCAACUUUGUGUGCCUUAGGGGCAGGGAAAGGAACAAGAGGGUUGGAAAUACCCAUUGAAGAUAGGACAUAGUUUGUCAGCCUCUGGAUUCUGAAUGCCUUUAGUUACAAGAUUGUUGCCAAAUAUGCAAACUACAGAUGGUGAUUUAUAUCAUCAGUGACUGACUGACUUAUAGUGUGCGUAUAUAGCAAUGCCUUGUAACAGUGUUGAAAAAUACUUCUUAGAAAUCAUAGUGCAUUUACAUGACUUGGUGUAAAUUAUUGAAAGUACCGACUUAAAACCUCUGCAAAUUAGCAAAGACAAGAAUAUUUAAGACUUCAUAAAGCCGGACACCAGUCUAAAUAUCUCAGGCCACGUCAAAUUGGCAGAACUUGUAUUAUUGAUACAAUAUCUCACUCCCAAAGAGGUUAUUAAAGUUACUAGUAUGAUCUCUGCCGAAUUUGUUAUACCAUGCAAGCAAGACCCAAUAUAUACAAGAGUAAGGGUGUAUAAGCAUUUUGCCACCUCAGGUGUAUCUUUAAACAAUAUUAUUUAUCCAAUAUACUGGAGUGGUAUUAAAUAUUUAUGAAUAUGCUCUUAUUAACUCUUACUUAAAACAGUGCUUUCCAGAAUGUGAGACAAAGAAUUGUGAAAAAUGUAAAAUAGUGAUUAGUGUUGUGAUAUUUCUCUUCAAAGAAGACAACAAUACUUCUUUGGACCAGAUUGUCAGGAGUGUAUCCAGUUACUGUUGUCCAGUCCAGAAACACUUAAAUUGGGAUGUGAAAAUAAAAAAAUGGCAAAGUGUAAUCUUUGGCUUCUGCUGCUCAUACAAACAUUUGAAGAUGCAAACGCACCGUGUUUUCCUGCAUAUUGUGAUACUUAACACGCUGUGCUUGAGGUAUAUUCCUCCAUAAAGUGUCUUUUUAAAUCUUCUAGUCUCAAGAACUAUAGUAGUGAAGUCCUACUUAGAGGUGCAACUCCCCACUUGGUCUCAAUUUAACGACAAGAAUAGAAAGACUUAGAGAGAACUUGUAGCAUCUUGUGGAGGCUGCGUUACAUAUUAUAAGAGUCCCCAACAAAAGCUGGUCAAUUAGGUGGUAGACCAGGGCAUUCCUCUUGGAAUUCUCUCAAAGACUGCAGCAGUGGUGCCUCAGUGUACAAAGCCUAGAUGGGUACUCUUGAUGUUGCCAUUAAUUGUUAAAAAAAUUAAUAAUGAUUAUGUAUCUUAAUGUUUUUGUACAGGAUACUUGUUUUGAGGACUUAUAAAGGAAAUUUCUUAAAAGUCAUAAGAUUUGUUGUUUUUUCCCUUAAUAAUAAUUGAAGCUGUUUGUGGCAACACCAUUGCAACAUCCUCCUCCCAAGGCUAACCUGCAGUUGUGAAGUGGACAGAGACAAGGUUUGGUAGCAACACUACUGUGUGAUAUCACUAAAAGUCAUAUGGUCAAUAUAGUUGUUUGUGUGAUGUGGUUACAUCUAACUUCUACAUGUAUUGCUGGAAUGUAACCAGUGAUCAUUUCUAGCCUGGUAUAGUGGUGUCUUAUUAAAGGUAAUUUUCUUUGAAUCCAGAUCACCAAGUAUAAACCUCAUGAAUCUUCCUCCUAAAGGUUUUGAGCAAAUAAUCUUUUCACAUAAUGUUCGCUGCCAGACUUUUCAGCUAGCUUCUCUACUGCCUGCAUUUGCUGUGUGCACUUUGUCCCAGAUAGGUGUGAGCUGGGCCCACUGUUGACAUGUUAUUUAGGCUGUGUUAUUUUGUUGUGCAGAGUUGAAGUUGUGCAGUUAUAUGCUCUGCUGUAAUUCCCUGAGAGAGCCAAGUAGUGUUGUGUACCAGUGAGUAUCUAGUAUCUUUGUAAUGGAUAUGCCAUCUGUUGAGAAUCAAAAAAGUACAAUACAGUGCAGUGAAAUGUUAGAGAAAAAAUGCUAACUACAGGGACAAGAAAAUUUAGUGAAGUGUAUUAGAGAUGUAUGAGUGUGCAUGUGUAUCUGCAGGCUCAUUGCUCCAGAUGUGAACACAAACUUCCAGAUAUCAGUACUCUGAAUAUUCACUCCAAAAACAAUUUUGCUAUUGUGGGAGCAAUUCUCGGUAUACAAACUUUGAGAGAUUUACACAUGAAAAUGUUUUCAUUAGAUCUCCUUUUCUGUUAAUGUGCAUAAACCAAAGAUUAAUUGAACUAGCUGUCCAUUAAUUGAUAGCUCCUAACCAUGCUCUCUGUGACCUGAAACAGCUCACAGACUAUCUUUGGGAGGCUAACUAAGAUAAGCAACACAAAUUUAUUUAUGUAUGCAUAAUUAUAUAUGCAUCAAAUGUGCUUCACAGCAUAUGACAGCUAAUAGGAGAGUGUGCCCAGUGGAUUGUGUAUGAAUGUGGUGUCUUUGACACACUGCCAUGAAUUAGCCUGCAAUCCAUUUAGGUCUUGAUGUCUUUUGGGGAUUAAUGGUAAUGGGGUUCUAAAGUGAACUCCAUUUGACUGUGUUGUAGAACCCACCCAAUUUUUUUUUAAUUGGUUGGUGUCUUGUUGAAACACCAUCUUACUGCUUUUCAUCUGUAUAUUUCUUUAUGGAGGCUGCUGCUUGAUUGCCUCCAAUAUUAGCUGCCUAGUUGAGCCUGUGCAAAUCUUGUUAUAUUUUUUGUCCUGUCUGGAUGAGUGCUAAUUUUUUUCAAGAAAUAAUAAUAGUUUAGUGUGUAAUCGGCUUGAAGCUCCUAGUUGAUAAUCUGAUUGCAUAUGCCCAACCUGUAUGUAUUUAAUGUGAUAAAACAAUCUAUUAGCAGCCUGUCAUAUAUUUUGAUCAUCGUUGUAUUCAAAUUAUUUAUUUAAGGUACAGCAUUCAAGAGUUACACAGGCUCAUUACCGCAGCUUUGAGCUGCCUUCUGUUGUUCUGAUCAACGUACAAAGGCCUUGUUUUCCCUUCGUUUCAGUGCUCUGGAGGAAGUCUGCUUCAUCUAUCUAAACAAUCACUCCCAACUGCUAACAGUUUUAUGAACUGUAAGCAGUACUUUCUCACCCUUGCUGUUGACUUAAUCUCAUAGCAUUUCAUCAAUCUGUUACCAGGUGAUUGUAUCAUGUUAAAUAGAAGUAACGGCUGCCAUCGCCAGGCAGCUGUGCCAUGUAUCAUUAGACCUCACUCAUGCUGUCAGCAGAAAACCUCAGUAACUAAACAUUUGCUCCUUUGUUAACAGCAGCAGAGAUUGUUACAGAAUACAGUGCUAAGAGUGGAUAUUUGAAAGUGUUUCCUUUUUUAUUUGAGUUUAUUUAGGUUUGUUUUUGGUUAUGCAAAUUGUCAAUAUUGUGAAGGUACUGUAUUUGGGUUGUCUUCCACCAAGGUUUAUAUGUAAUAAGAAUUAAAUUAUUCUACUGAAGAGAACACUCAUAAACAUAUGCGAGAGUGGUUUUGAAAGAUAUAAAUGCAGGAACUUUUAAUUUCUGAAAUAUAUUUUUCUUUAUCAAUGUCUGGUUACUCUUUCAAUGGAAAAAACACAAUCAACUACUUGUUCACGGCCAUUCCUGUAGAUGAUUCACUGUAUUCUGAAGGCAUUUCUCUUAAUAAAUCGUUGCUGGAAUGAAAUUUUCCAUACAAUGUGUGCAAUGUUUCAAGGCAGUUGAAAAGACCAAUGUAUUCUGCAAUAAAGUUUCACUGCAAACACUCGCAGACUGUAAUGAACAUGA